AUGACUGUGGCGGCAAAUGAAACCGCGGCCCGACAGAAUUUGAAGGCCGAGGGCAUGAUAGAUCCGAGAAAGUUAACACAGAGCGCGAUGUCUUUCAUGUAUUUCAGUAGAGUGAACGUGCUGAAGCAGAAGAAGCCUAGAACGAUCAGGAUUAUGAUGAACAGGAAGGCUGCUGAAGAAUACCACAUCACCCUUUCCGAUACACCUGAACGAUCGACUCUGGUAGGACGGAGACAAUAG